AUGGCCCCGCGACCGUACGAAAACAACUUCAGGGUGCGCCUGGCCAAGACGGGCAACGGCCCGGCGAUAUAUGCAAUCUCGUCGGGGCCGCAGAAGGGCGUGCACAUGCUGAGCACCGAGCCCCUCCCCCCCGCACUGCAAUACAUGUACCGCCACCCCAUCAACAUCCACAGCACCUUCCUCGACGUCACGGGCGACUUCCUGCGCCGCCGCUUCGACAGCAUCGAGGCCGCGCAGCGCUGGAUCGACGAGAUGGACCGGUCGCCGUCGCUGCUGGCCGACCAGCUCGCCGCGUCGCUGUCGCUGUCGAUGAAGCCGAGUCUUGCGGCGACGUCGCGGGAGCGGAGGAGGGAUCCGGUGUAUAAGGGGCCCGGAGGGGGGGUGGUGGGGAUGGGCGGUGGUGCGGGGGGGAUGGGGGUGGGGAAGGGGCCGGGAGGGAUGGGGGGAGGGUUGGGGGCCGCGGGGAUGGGGAAGGUGAGUGCGUUUAGGGUGGCCAAGAAGGUGGAGGGGCGGUAUAGUAGGAGUCAUACGGGCGCCAUGGUGAGGAGAAGGAGUGAUGGGGAUGUGGCGGGGGUGGUGGGGCUGGAGAGGGGGAUGGCGGAGGUGGCGAUGGAGGAUUAG